CCUUCCGUUCCUUAGACUAGUGUCCUGAGGACAGCCGUGGCCUUUGUACAUUGCCAUACCAUCGUCCUUUGGCCACCAUGCCUCCAGGUCGGCAAGCUGACAGAGGCUCACUCCAGCCAAGGGCCUCUUCAUCCCCCCAUGAGACCGCCCGCGCGAGCGGAUCAGCAUCUCGCGCUCGCCCGUCUUCCUCCUCCCGCUCCCCCGCUGCCUCACUGGAUGGUGAGGAGGACGACGACGACGAGCAAGAUGAUGACGCUGGAGAUGGCAGUGAAGACUCCAGCGCUCUGACGGACGAAGACGAAGAGGACGAAGAUACUGGUCCUGCCUCAUCCUCGCCGCUUAAGCAGGCCCACCUCACACCUCAUCGUCCUUCGCGAGCUCGGCGUUUACCAGCUCGCUUCGAGGCCGACGUACCCAGUACUGUCGUACCACUACGGAGCUCCAAGGUAGCGCCUAAUCAGCGGGUGACGGUCGAAGUGAGGACUGGCACAGCAAAGGCUCGGACGAAGGGUACAUUCAAGGAUCUUGCCCCGAUACCGGCAGGAGCGAAUGGAGGUGGGAAGAGCAAGUGGGUAGCUACAAUUGUCACUUCGGAUAGCGGCAGUGGAGAAGGGGACGAGGAAGCCCAGAGGGCACCACAGACGCCUUCAAGAAGAGGAAGGGGCAAAGAGAAGUCACCUGAGGUGGAGACGCCGAGUAGACGCAAGCGUACGACUCAAGUGAACGGACACGCCCAAGAUCCGCCUUCCAGCAGGCCAACGACACCGUCCAAGGCGAAGGCAGCUGCUUCUGCUACUUCUGGGAGCAGAUCGAAUCAGACCACGCCCAAGUCUCAUCCGAAGCCGAUCAAGCGGCCAAAGCUCGAUGGGGCUCCUCCGAGCACGCCUCGACGUAGGAAGUCGGCCGCAAGCCUCGGUGCUCCAUCCCCAUCGACUGCCGCCGUCUUCGAGCCCACAAAGCCUUUCCUGCAGCCGACCUCCGCAGAUUACUAUUUUGCCGCUCAUGCCGCCCGGCGGCGAUCUGCUGCUAGCAAGAGUGACUCGUGGGCCGCAAAUGGAGGACGACGUAUCGAAGACGAAUUGCCCGCCUUGACGUCCAAGGAGGUAGCGAAGCUUUCGUUCUCUUCUUCUAAUGACCCACUCUCCUCGGCCAAUAUUGGUGCACUGGCGCUGGAGCACUACCGCCAGCAGUACGUGAGCUGGACAUCGCUUCUCUUUAUGGGCAAUGACCUUAUGUUUUACGGCUUGGGAGCAAAAGAGGCCAUUCUAGAAGAUUUUGCGGCGAGCAAGGCAGAAGAGGGAGAGGCGGCAGUGGUGAUCAUUCGGGGUCGAAUGGGAGUGAGGAGUGAGGAAUGGGUCGAAAGCAUCGAGGAGGCGCUCGACCUCGGUAGUGCUCCGGCAUCUCAAAGUGGCAUCGAAGGAAGACUGAGAAGAGUAGCAGCCAAAUUGGAAGGCAGACCCGAAGAGGAGGGCGAGGAACAGGCGGGCCCACCGCGAUUGAUCCUCGUCCUUCACUCCCUGGACAGUCCUUCCUUUCUCACAGCCAGGACACGCUCCCACCUGGCCACCUUGGCCGCUUUCUCCCGCAAGGUACACCUCGUCUGCAGUGUAACUCAUCCCAACGGCACGCUCCUCUCGCGAUACACUGGUCGCGAAGCUCUCUGGAUCGACUGCACCACCCUCAUCCCCAUGCUAGACGACUGCCUCCUCUCUGCCUCUGGCACCCGUCUCGGCGGCUUGCCUCGCGCCUUUGACCUACGCGCAGGAGGAGGAAUGGGAGGCCUCACUGGGAUGGGUUCACGCGACAAGACGACCACCUCCUCUGGAGCUGCAGCAGGUGGUACGGGCGAGGGACAGAUGACUUCAGCUGCCGAAGCGGCGGGCGCUCACGCCAACACACCGCUGCUGAGCUCAACGGCCGCGCUGCAUGUCCUCAAGUCCGUGACGACGAAAGCUCGCGCUCUUUUCCUGCGUCUUGCCGCCGAACUCACUUCACCGUCAGUGGUAGCAGCAGCAGCAGCGAGCAGCUCCGCGACAUCGCUGGCGAGUCGCUCGAUUCCAUAUGCGCGCCUGUCGAACCUUGCCGCCAGGAACUUCAUCGCCACGACGGACCCUGCGCUGCGUGCUCUUCUAGUCGAAUUUACUUCUCAUGGACUUGUGCGAUUGGCUCGCGAGGAGGCUCCUGGAGGAGGAGCUGUCGAGGAGAGAGUCUCGAUACGGAUGGGCGGACAGGUAGAGGUGGACGAAGUUGUAAAGGGCGUCAAGACGCUGCCCGGAUAAGUAGCACCUGCAGUGAGCGGCAGAGCAGCUGUCAGAUACCCGCUGUACACCAUACUGUAGCACAAAUCAAAAUGCCGAGAGCACAAUUCAGGAUGUCGAGAGCCGUGCAAUGCAUAGAUUGAGGUCGUU